GUUUUCAUUGUGAGGCUGUCGACCACAAGUGUCACUCACAUCCAUGGGUACGACGUACUAUAAAACACACACACGCACCGAGUGCACUGCACUGGGGUGAGCGAGAGUGGCGCAGCUCAGCUGCAUCCCACGCUAGCUGCAUCGAUCAUGAUAGCGAUGGCGCCACCCACUCGCCGUGGCAGUCAGUCAGCAGUCAUUGUCUGCCUGUCUGUCUGUCUGUCUGUCUUACAGACAGACGGACAGGCCUUAGCAAGAGAGCAGCAUAGAUCACACUCACACCCGAUGCAUGCGCAUGCCGCGCACCCCGGCAGCAACAAACAGGGAAGACCGAAGUGUGUUCGGCUGUCCCCGUCCCUGCUCCUCUGCCUGGCCUGGAUCAGAUCACCCUCCCUCUCCCUCUACUAGUACUUGCUAGAAACACUUACACGAAUAGAGACAGACACCCACAGAUGACUCGACUCCCCUGUGUGUGUGCUUGUGUGGUUAGUGCCCUGCCGACGCCUGUCCGAAUGCCGCCAAUGGAGACGGCGUAAUCGAGAGAGAUCCGCUUCUCUCGGCUGCUCCGUCUCCACUGACUACCUCAGUCACGCGUGUGUGGGCCACCAAGCAUCACGACAACCACAUCUCAGCGCUACGGCAAGAAAGACACAGCCGAACGGAAAGCGCAUUUCUGUGUGUGCGGUGUGCGGUGUUCCCAUCUGUUGUCGAAUCCUUCUCUCGAACGACUCUCCGACAAGUGAGCUGACACAUGUCGGAGAAGCAUUCGAGCGACGAGUCCGAAGACACAGACAGGCCCAACCGACACACCGCCGCCACCACCACCACCACUCAUACGAGAGCUGAUAAGCUCACUCAUUGCCCCCUUCCUCUCGUCCCACCUACUAUGCACUGUAUCUAAGUCAUGUUUUACACAUCGACAGUCUGCGGCCGUGGCGGCGGGUGCUUCUCCGAUACCACAGCGGCCGGCUUGGAGGCCGGGAACCGCUCCGAGCCAUUGGUCUGCUGCUGCUGCGACACAUCCACCUUGGUCAGCACGUACGACACCACCGUCACAAUGAUGGCCAGGAUGAGAGCCACCUGCAUGGAGAAAUGGAAAAGAGAGGUGGGGAUGGGUGGGGCAGAAGUGGGAGUGGUUUGUUGUGUACCUUGAGGUCGGCUCCCUUGCCGGGCGCCUCUCCGAAUAUGGUGAUGGCGUAGAUGUACACGAAGAGGGUGGCGACCGUGUCGGCGAUGCCUUUCCACACGCAGUCGAGCCGCUUCAUCAACAGACAAUUGAUGCCAGUCCGUAGAGCAUACCUACCCACCACAGAGAGAGAGGGAGAGAGAGAGAGAGGGAGAGGGAGAGGGAGAGGGAGAGGAGGAGGAGGAGGAAGAGGUGUCGCUGCCUGUCGGUGCUUUCAUGUGUGUGUGUGUGUGUGUUGUGUGUGUGUCGGCUUACCAGACGACGAGGAAGAUGACUCGUGGGUUCCAUCCACAUGGGGUGACGCCCCCACAGUCAAUGCCUGAUGAAUAAAGGGAUGAAUGCGGCCAGGCCAGAGGGGCCAGCCAUUUGUGUCUCUGUCUGCGUGGGAGGGACCCUUGGUACCUCCGAAGAUGCCUUUGUGCCAAAGGUCGCCUUUCCAGAACUGAAUGACGGCCACAAUCACACUCGCCGUCACCGUGCUGAACAUUGUCUGCAGACAUUCGGAGAAGGAAGGAUAGAAACAAACAUGAACCCAUGGUGUUAGUUGAUGUCUGGUUUGAGGAGGUAUGUCACGUGUCUGCUCUCAUCUCACCUGUGCCAGCUGGAUGUAGAAGGGCCUUUUGGUCUGCUUGAAUAAAUAGUCGCUCAGCACGCCACCUGGCGUCGUGAGGACCACCUGAAUGAACACAUUCGCACACACACACACACACACACAUUCACACACACACACACACACAAAACUCAUGGCCAUAUCCACCCACACAAGCGCGCACACACGAAGACACGGACACACGAGUUCACCCUGAGAAUGAGCAGGCUGAUGCCGACGAUCUGGUUCUGUGUGGCGGCUGCAGCCGCCGCCUGGCCCAUCUUGGCGGCCGCCUCGGAGCCGAACAAGAGGUCGAUCUGCACGUAGGUGUAGAGGUUGAUGCUCAUCGUCACCAGCAGCAGCCACUGCAGCGCCAUCAAUGGACGACCAAGCGCAAACCUGACAGACAGACAGACAGACAGACAGACACCAAACAGAGAGAGACAGAGUGUCUGUCUGUCUGUCUGUGUGCGUGUGCAGUGACUGGGCUAACCUAACCUGACCUGCAUAGGAGUGCUGUGGCGACCAUUUUGGACUGUGAGAUGAUCUGCACCAAAGCCGGGUCGGCGUAUGAGAGCGAUAUGAGCUGCAGGCAAUCGCCAACGCCGUACAGCAAUGCGGGCGGCGCCAUGGUGAUGAUCUCCUGCCGUCCAUCGAUCCAUCCAUCCAUCCAUCCAUCCACACACACACAGGAGACAGCCACAGAUGUCUGUCCAUGUGGGUGCGCACUCUUUUACCCGUGGGUUAAGACAUGCUGCGAAUCCCUUCCACCCGUCGGCCACGGUCGAUAUAAUGAUCAUCAGCACCAGACUGAACACAUUGGCUGACGCCAUCACCACACCUGCACCAGUCAACACACACACGCACACACAGACACACAGACACACACACGAUGGUCAGGCGCCGGCCAGCAGUGGGGUGUCUGUGUCUGUGUGUGUACCGUCAAAAAAGGGCUGCCCCUUCUUGCCCGUCUCAGGGAUGAAUUUCGCGUAGGCCCCCACAUUAGGCGUGAACCUGCGAAUAGAAUACAUGCAGAGAGAUGAAGGAUGGGUGGCUGGACGCUCGGAUCGAUCCAUUUCGCGCAGGUCCGGUAUGCUUACGCUUGCACGUUGACACACACGGCAAACACAAAUAGCUGCACACCACACAGAGGGAGGGACAAAGCAACCAGCCAACAUGAGUUCCCCGUAUCUUGUUGUUUCUUCCUCCGUCGAUUCGAUCAAAGCGUCUGUCUGUGUGUGCCUGUCGGGCGGUCCAUACCUGCACGAGCACUCCCCAAGACGACUGCAGGAAGGCCAGCGCUUUGGGAUUGCUGACACAGACAGACGGACAGACAAGUACCAACACAGACACGGCACGGCCAUCCCACACACACGCAUACCUUCCUCCCUCCCUCCCUCCCUGUGCCCUGUGUGUGAGCUGUGCCUUUCUCACUUGGUUCUGAGUUCAUACUGGACGCCCUUGUUGAGUAUGGUGUUCCUGCGUGCGCUGGACGCCAGCUGGUGCACCGACACGAGCGAGGCGUUCGAUGCGUAUGGCUGCCGGGUGUAGAGCUCUACGGGGUCCUCAGUCGCCGCGUACAGAUUCUCGCCGCCAAACGGAGGCAGCUCGGUCACACUCUGUCACCACCACACACACACAUGUGAGUGUAUCUGCAGUCUGCGGGCAGAUCUAUCCCUCUAUGUGGUGCGCUGAUCUGAUCUGAUCUGAUCUUCCUUUCUCUACACACCUACCUCGCCGAAAGCAUCGCUCGAGUAUCUGGCGAGUAGGUCCUGGUCGUCCUCCGCCUGUGAGAAGGUGAGCACCCUCAGCAGCGACGACCGCGGCCUGCCGACGCGCUGAUCGGAGGAGCCCAGUAGGGGGGCCUCGCGCGACCCGCUGAGACUGCUCAUCGACGGCAGCAGCGGGUGGGGCAGCGGGGGCAGAUCGGACUCCCUGCCAUAGCACACACAGACACACGGCAGCCAUCCAUUCAUCAGCGGUGGUUGUUGGUUCGGGAAUGCAGGACUGACGUGCCUGUGGGAUGAGUACGUGCUCUUGUGGGAUGCCAGGCUUGAAGCAGGGGGCGGAUGCUCAGUGCGAGGAGAGGACGCGGUUGUGCAAAGUGCGCGGAAAGCGGAC